AUGAACCUCAUUCACCUCUUCGCCUUGCUUGGCGUUGCAGCCGCAGCGCCAACGACACUCCACACGACUUCUCUCGUCAGGAGAGGCGCUUCUCACGAAGGCGACAUGACAUGGAAAGAAGGCGAUUUCUCUGGAAACGCUUGCGGCAUCCCACCCAUCCUCCCCGCCGUAGCACUCAACGCUCCCACUUUCGACGCGAGCACUCCCGGUGGAAACCCCAACGCCAAUACUCUCUGCGGACAGAAAAUUCGAAUCUGGAAUCUGGCUACAGGGGCGGAAACUCAUGCGACUGUUGUCGAUCGUAUGACUGCGCAGGAUGCAGGUGCGAUUGAUGUUAGUCAGGAAGUUUUUGGGGCUUUGGGAAUUGAUUCGGGGAAGGGAAGGUGUAGAGUGGGGUGGAGUUUGUGA